CCACGUACCUCGCGCACUCAGCAUUCUCCCUUACGUCGCUGACGACCUCUUGCACACUCAGUAUCAACUCGACGCUCGAACCUACAUUGAGCUAUUGAUUCAUACUCUGUGAUAAUCAACAAUGGGCAACUCUUCGUCUUCGUCUAUACACCAUGAACACGAGCGCCGAAUGGCGGAGAUGCAGGCUCGCGUCAGGGCUCAGCAGCAGGAAGCCGAGGCUGCCCGAGCGCAUCAGCAGUGGCUGGAAGCCCAAAGACAGCAACAGGAGGAACAGCGGCGCAUAGCCGAAGAGCAGCGCAUCAGAGCAGAGGAAGAGGCUAGGCGAAGGGAGGCAGAGAGAGUCGCUGCAGAGCAGGCGAGACUUGCGGCGGAAGAGUCUGCCAGGAGAGCUCAAGAAGCGAUGCGACAAGCGGAAGAGGCUAAGCGCCAGGCGGAAGAGCUCCGACGGCGCGCAGAGGAGGAGAGGCAGCGGGCAGAAGCGGAGAGGAUACGGGCUGACGAGGAAGCUAGAAGGGCGCGUGCGGAGCAAGAAGCAGAGCAGCGGGCCAAAGAAGCUUCGGAGAAGGCAGCUGCGGAAGCGCAGGCAGCGCUGGAGAAAGCUGAGAAAGACUUGAGGGAGGGUAUCAAGCCCAUAAUCGUCCCAACUCCGGAGGAGAUGGAGCAGAAGAAGAGGGUCCUCCAGUAUCAAGAGGGUCUUUUCCAUUUCGCCAUCGCCGGCGUCUCGGGCAGCGGCAAGUCGUCGCUGCUCAACGCAUUCCGUGGUCUGCGCAACAGUGAUCGAGGCGCUGCCGCCGCUGGCAUAAUCGAAACGACAAGCAUCCCCACUCGAUACCCCGACCCUGAUCCCGAGAAUCCCUUCGUGUGGUACGACAUGCCCGGUGCAGGCACGUUGGAUAUCCCCGAUUGGGUGUAUUUCAACGCUCAAGGCCUCUAUGUUUUUGAUUGCAUCAUCGUUCUCUUCGACAUUCGGUUCACCCAGACGGACAUCGCGAUCCUGAGGAAUUGCGCGCGGUUCAACAUUCCUGCAUACGUCGUGCGUUCGAAGUCGACACAGCACGUCCAGAACCUCGCGGACGAUCUGGAACAGGGCGAGAACGAAAGUGAUGAGGAGUUGUUGGCGCGGGCCCGCCAGCAGUAUCUCUCGGAGACUCGCGAGAGUGUGGGUCGCAAUUUGGAGCUUGCGCAGCUGCCAAACCAGCGUGUCUACAUUGUCGACAAAGAGAUGAUGGUGCAGGUGGUAAAGGAGGAGCGAAGAACGGAUCUACUCGAUGAAUCCGAGUUGCUGCAAGAUCUCAAAACGGAAACGCAGAAGAGACGAUCUGCCAAGUGAGCCGAUUAUAUACUGGAUUCAUGCAGAAUUGCGGCAUGUAGUUUCCUCGUCUGACUGGCGUCUGUUCGAGUUAACGCACAAGAAACCUGCUCCAUCCUGCGUCUAUCUGCGAAUAUAUCUCUAUUUCCG